AUGGGCCGCAAACCCAAUGCGCUGAUACUCCAGUUUUUCGAGCGAGGUCCCAAGCUUGCCGACAACAGCAAUCGCUAUCCUCACACAUGCAAGUCUUGCGGGGAGAACUUUCCCAAGGGCCGCAUCGAUAGCUUGACGAACCACCUCACGCGAAAAUGUCCUGCCAUAUCCGAAAGCGACCGGGUUAGAGCCUGCCUGACAAUCCAUGGCUUCAACAAAGCUGCUGUCGAACAUACCAGAGCGUCUGUCGCCUCCACAGCCACCGCCGCUCGCCCGCCCGUCGACAUUCAGCAGGACCUAGACCUGGUGCAACGAGACUGGACUGCCCUCGAGACUCUGGCUGAGGUUUCCAGGCAGAUUGAUCUCAGUGAAAAGCACGACGAUCGCGGCAAUCCCGCAGGCGCAUCAAUACCGACAGAGACAGCGCUGCUGGGGCAAGAAAUCCACGAUCAGUUCUUGGCACAGAGCGCCCAUCUUGGCUAUAAGGAUGACCAUAGCCUGACGGUGCCCCCAGAUGCCACAGCACAAGAACAGGCAACCAUACCAGGAGCCACGUUACCAGCAGCUACAGAGGCCGUCAAGGAAGAACCGACCGCUGAGCAACAGCUCGAGGCACUUAUUCAGUCUGCAGAGCAAGAAUCGCACUCAGCCGCUUUGAGUGUUGCAGCAGCGGCUACAGCAAGGCUUAAUCCGUCCCUGCUGGAUCCACAACUCCGCGAAGAGGGAGCGCUCGCGGCUGUUUUACCCACCACAGAAGCCCGUCAGACAGAUGAAGCUCUUGAAACCGUCUCGACGGGCCCGAGUCAGCCAUGGGGCGAGCUCACACAGAGCGAUCUGCUUGCCACCGUCCCCUUGCGUGUACCAAGCCAGGCCGAUAACCCAUUGGUGCCCCAGCUGCUGCAUGGACCUAUCAAGGGUGGAUUCCGAAUGUCCAGCCCGAAUGGCGGAAAAGCUCGGCACUCGAGGGCCCGUUUCGACGCAACCAGACGCAAAGAAGUACAAGAGGUGCGCAAGAUUGGUGCCUGUAUCAGGUGUAGAAUCUUGAGGAAAACCUGCUCCAAAGGCCACCCGUGCGACACAUGCAGGAAAGUCCUCUCCCCCCGCAUCUGGAAGUCCGGCUGCGUGCGAACCAAGUUUUCAGAGCAGCUCGAUCUGUACUCUGCCGGAGUACAGAUAGUGCUUAACCAGCAGAGGCUCAAUGAUCUGAAAGCCCACGUCAAUUUCGCCAACCAAGGAACCACUCUUGAACUAUCCAUAUUCCCAGAGUGCAAUUUUCACAUUUCAGCCCAGGCUCUACAGAGCAUCGGUGCCAAGGAAAGGACACCAGAGGAGCCAGAGAGACCGUGGGUGAAGGAGGAGCUACUUCUCAUAGAUUCAGAAAAGGAAGACUUGCAGGGCAGUGUGGAGCUGUACAUGCGGCAAAUUCUCCACGAGUUUGUUGAAAGGGAAAAGUCACAGUUCGCCCGCGUGACUUUAGAUACGGCCAUCACACUUGGCCAUGAGACGCACGACGAGCUGCUGAAGAAAGCAAUCGAGCUUUGGGGUCUGGUGGAAAUGCUGGAUCGAGAAAGACAGUGGAACAUUACUGUCAAGUACGGCGGUCUCGAUGGUAGGACUAGAGAAAUCAAGGACUCGACGGAUCAGGACUGUUUUACGACCAUUUGUCUACAACUCACUGCCGCUGCCGAAAGGAAAGCGGCGCACACGAGCAAGCAGCUACUCCAGGGUAUGCAAAGAGUCUUGCAGGACAGCAAAACCAAGAUUGAUCACAACAUGUUCUUAACCACACUGAUUCUCCUCAACUGCGUGGAGAAGACGACUUGGGCUUUCAAAGCGUGGGAACAGGAUAGUCUCCAACCAAUGUGGCCACUUGAGAAGGCUCCUCACAAUUUCACUGGGCAAGGGUAUGUCUUGGCCGACCUCCUCAAGAUGCUGCUUGGCAUCCGCAAAGUGCUGCCCAGGACGUUUUGUCGCGAAUCCGAUGGAAUGCUUGCAACGCAUGAAGAAGAGCCAGUUCUCCAGGGGUAUUUUCACUGCCUGGAGCUCAAAUUCGCCGACCUUCAGGCUAAGCAAGAACAGCCCAUCUUCUCUCCCACAGACUCAAGGUCACUCGAACUCUUGUUUUGUUCCACUCUUCUUCUGCCUGCUGCAGAGUAA